GCAUUUGACAUGCAGUGCUGCCUUCUCGUCUGCGAUGGGCACUCCCCGUUUUGGGCCUGCCGUCUUCAGACUUAUAAAAAGUCACUCAUCAUGGGAUGAGCUUACCUCCACCUUCCACCAGGAAUUUCCACCAGGAAUAGGAUGUUGCCCUGCCUCCUGCUUGGCAGCCUUGCUUUCGCGAGUGCCGCAGCCCUCGCACGAUCCUCCGCGAGCAAGCCUUUAGCACCCACUGUCAUUGGUACACCUUAUGACUAUAUCAUUGUUGGAGCUGGCCCUGGUGGUAUCAUUGCUGCAGACCGUCUAUCAGAGGCGGGAAAGAAGGUGCUCCUACUCGAGCGCGGCGGACCUAGCACAGGCGAGACUGGGGGAACGUACAUUGCGGAUUGGGCCCAGGGUACCAACUUGACGAUGUUUGACAUCCCUGACCUCUACGAGUCAUUGUUCACGGUCACCAAUCCAUGGUACUGGUGCGAUGAUAUCACUGUCUACGCUGGGUGUCUCCUUGGCGGCGGCACUUCCAUCAAUGGUGGUCUGUACUGGUAUCCGACCGACGAGGACUUCUCCGUCGAGAAUGGCUGGCCCAAGAGCUGGACAAACCAUACGCCGUAUACAUCAAAGAUGGUGCAGCGUCUGCCAAGCACAGAUCACCCUUCGACGGACGGAAAGCGCUACCUUGAGCAGCUCGAACCUGUUCUUGCGCAGCUCCUUCAGGGACAGGGGUACUCCCAGAUCACAAUCAACGACAGUCCAAACUUGAAAGACCAUGUAUUCGGGUAUAGUGCUUUCGAUUUCUUGAACGGCAAACGUGGCGGUCCCGUAGCGACCUACCUUCAAACAGCGCUUAAGCGCUCUAACUUCGCUUACAAGGACCACACACUCGUCUCCAACGUCGUGCGCAACGGCUCCACGAUCACUGCUGUGCAGACAAACGAUACCUCGCUCGGCCCUAACGGGAUCAUCCCGAUCACGAGCAACGGCCGCGUCAUCCUUUCGGCAGGCUCGUACGGUACCGCUCGCAUUCUGUUUCAAAGUGGUAUCGGCCCGAGCGAUAUGAUCUCUCUCGUUGAGGGCAACGCUGUGGCAGCUAAAAACCUCCCGCCCAAGUCAGAUUAUAUCAACUUGCCAGUUGGAAUGAACAUCUCGGAUAACCCGUCUAUCAAUCUGGUGUUCACGCACCCCUCGAUCGAUGCAUACGAUGACUGGGCUGAUGUUUGGUCCGACCCACGCCCUGCUGAUGCUCGUCAGUAUCUCAAGGACCAAUCCGGCGUCCUGGCAGGUACCACCCCCAAGGUCAACUUCUGGCGUUCGUACACCGGAUCAGACGGCCAACAGCGCUAUAUGCAAGGCACCUCCAGGCCCGGCGCCUCAUUGGUGAACACGAGCUACGCUUACAAUGCCAGUCAGACCUUCACUGUCACCACCUACCUCUCCUGGGGUAUCACCUCCCGUGGCCGUCUCGGCAUCAACACUAGCCUUACAGGUACACCGCUCGUGAACCCGUGGCUGACAGACCCGGUCGAUAAAGCCGUGAUUAUCCAGGCUCUCGAGGAUAUUAUAUCCACUGUUAGCCGGGUCGAAGGCUUGACACUGAUCAUGCCUGAUAACACAACCACCCUUCACGACUACGUUGACAAUUAUAGCCCGGACGCGAUGGGCUCAAACCACUGGGUUGGGGCCACUAAACUUGGCUCGGACCCAUCAUUGGCUGUUGUCGAUGAGAACUUGAAAGUGUUCAGCACAGACAACUUGUUUGUCGUUGACGCAUCAAUUAUCCCGAAGCUUCCAACGGGAAACCCACAAGGGACACUCAUGUCUGCGGCGGAGCAGGCGGCUGCGAGGAUUCUUGCGCUGUCUGGUGGACCGUGAUGUGUUGAGUGGGGACGUAUCUGGUAAUUAUGAAUUUAUCGGGACUCUUAUAGGCGUACUCAGACAGCGCUGUUUAUCGUGGUUCACCCUAUCCUGAAGUGACGGUGGGCCACUUAUUGCAUCGCAUUUCUGAUUCCGCAAGACCGGCCCAAUUCAGGUCAGAGACAAAACAUUCCGUCAGAAGCGAGUACUAUUAGCAACGUUUGAAAGCUUCGUACACAAAUCCACUACAACGAUUGUACUUUCACACCCACAACAUAUCUUACCUUCUCUUUCCG